ACCCAUCUUGGCUUAAGCCGUUUUGGCUCAGGGACACCAGGUGAGAUUUCACAAUAUUUCCGCGUUGGCCAGUGAUCAGAAGCGUGUCGAAACCAUGGGUAUGGCAUUCACGAAACUCUUCGCCAAGCUGGUCGGGAAGCAGGAGAUGCGCAUCCUGAUGGUCGGCCUCGACGCCGCUGGCAAGACCACUAUCCUGUACAAGCUGAAGCUCGGCGAGGUUGUUACGACAAUCCCGACGAUCGGUUUUAACGUGGAGACGGUCGAGUACAAGAACAUCAGCUUCACCGUGUGGGAUGUCGGUGGCCAGGACAAGAUCCGCCCCCUCUGGCGCCACUACUACCAGGGUACGCAGGGCCUCAUCUUCGUAGUGGACAGCAACGACCGUGACCGCGCCGAGGACGCGCGCGAAGAGCUAAUGAAGAUGUUGAACGAGGACGAGAUGCGCGAUGCCGUGCUGCUGGUCUUCGCAAACAAGCAGGACCUCCCGAACGCGAUGCCGGCCGCAGAAGUUACGGAAAAACUGGGUCUUCACAACAUGCGCAAUCGCCAAUGGUUCAUUCAAUCGGCCUGCGCCACGACAGGCGACGGUCUCUAUGAGGGUCUAGAUUGGAUGUCGCGGACGCUUUCUUCCAAGAAGUGAGGGGCGUUGGGACCUCUGCCAGCUGCGUCGCUUGCCGACGCUGGGCUCACCAAUUAUCUGUCUGGGAUAUCGCUGCCCUAGAUUUUGCUUUCUUCUCCAAACAUCGUCAAGGCCUUUGUAGCUCUGCCUGUGCGGCGGAAAGGGCCGAGACCACGCUUACUGUCCAAUUGCAUGCCGGCGCUCACUCAGUCACCCCCUCUUGCUCCUGCUCCCUCUUUCCCUCCCUCCGUCCUUCCCCCUUCCUGCUCGCAGGAUUGUCAGAGCACCCUGACGUAAUUUGAUGGGCAUGAGCCCCAACAUGCACCUCCUGGUGUGGCGGCCACAGUGUGGUCAACAGCGCGGGAA